CCUGGAUACUGAGGCGCAGUGAUGGCCGCGUAGGCAGGAGCGGGCAGCGAGGGUCCACGGCGCCAGGGCCGGGGCCCAGGAUACGCGCGACGCCCGGAGCAGCCCCGGCGCAGGAGGACCCACCCCCAAGGGGUCCUUGCUCUAGCGCCGCAUGCUCGCGUGUUCCCGGGGUCACCACCCGCCCUCCUGGGGCCUUCCACCUGUAGAACGCACUCAAUUCCUGGUUCCUCGGCUACCGAGGCCGGACCUGGGCUCGUUGUGCCCGCCACGGAGCGGCCGGGGCCCUCUGUGGGUCCUCAGGGAGAGGAGCCGGGCCGCCAGGCAAGCAGCUCGGGUCCUGCUGCCGCACGGUGCGGCCCGGCUGCAGGCGCGCGGAGGCAGCCCUGGGCCAUGGAGGAGUUGCCGCGCUCCUACAGCCGGCUAUGCAAGGAGAGCGGGGCCGAGCCCCAGGAGGCUGUGCUGCAGCAGCUGCACGCGGCGCCGCGGGGCCGGCUGGACCUGGCCACGCAGAGCCUGACCCUGGACACCUGCAGGGCCCUGGGCGAGCUGCUGCAGAAAGAAGCACAGCUAACGGAGCUGGUUCUCAGCGACUGCAUGCUGAGCGAGGAAGGGGCUGCACUGCUGCUCCAGGGGCUGUGUGCCAACACUGUCCUGCGGUGUCUGGAUCUGAAGGGCAACAACCUUCAGGCCGCAGGGGCUGAGGCGCUGGGAAGACUCCUGCGACACAGCACGUCCAUUCAGAGCCUCACCCUGGAGUGGAACAACCUGGGCACGUGGGAAGAUGCCUUCGCCACCUUCUGCCGGGCCCUGGCAGGCAACGGCAUCCUGCGGCAGCUGGACCUCCGCAACAACCAGAUCAGCCACCAGGGCGCAGAGGAGCUGGCCCUGGCCCUGAAGAGCAACACCAGCCUCCAGCAGUUGGACCUGCGCUGGAAUAACAUCGGCCUCCUGGGAGGCCGGGCCCUGGUGAACUGUCUCCCCAGCAACAGAACCCUGUGGAAGCUGGAGCUGGCUGGGAACAACGUCCCCAGUGACGUCCUCAGAGCUGUGGAGCAAGCCAUGGACCACAACCAGGACCGGCAGGCCACAUUCCGGGAGAGCCGGGCCCGAGCCCGUGUGCUCAGCAAGGAGGUGCGGCACCUGCGGGAAGAGAAGUCCAAGCAGUUCCUGGACUUGAUGGAGACGAUUGAUAAACAGCGAGAGGAGAUGGCCAGGAGCAGCAGGACGUCGGCAGCACGUGUGGGACAGCUUCAGGAAGCCCUGGACGAGAGGCAUUCCAUCAUCAGUGCCCUGAAGGCCAAGCUGCAGAUGACCCAAGCCGCCCUGGCUCUGUCGGAGCAGAAGGCCCAGGACCUGGGGGGUCUCCUUGUCACUGCAGAGCAAGAACAGCGGGACGAGGCACAGAGGCAGGCCAAGGAGCACAGGCUCGCGCAGCAGGUGGGCGGGCAGGGGGCGGACACAGACAGGUGGGCAGACAUGGCGGCAGGCGGCCCAUGGGUGGUGCCCUUCCCUAUCCGGUGCCCUUCCCUAUCCCGCCCCCAGGAAGCUGCAGAGCGGGAGUCUAAGCUGCUCAGGGACUUGUCUGCUGCCAACGAAAAGAGCCUGCUUCUCCGAAACCAGGUGGACGAGCUGGAGCGGAAGAUGAAGUCACAGCAGGACCAGCUGUUCCUGGCCAGGCAGGAGCUGACCAACACAUCGGCCGAGCUGAAGAUGCGGGCCACGCAGGCCGAGGAGCGCCUGGAGCUGGAGAAGCGGCGGUCUCGGCAGAACCUGGAGGACUUGGAGCAGCUGCGCGCCAAGGAGGUGGAGCACAUGACUCGCCACCUGGAGGAGAGCGAGCGAGCCAUGCAGGACAGAGUACAGAGGCUGGAGGCUGCGCGGCUGUCCCUGGAGGAGGAGGUGAGCCGAGUGAAGGCACUGGCACUCAGUGAACGCAGCCAGGCAGAGGAGGAGCUCAUCAAGGCCAGGAACCAGGUCCGCCUGGAGGAGCAGCAGCACCAGGCUCACCUGGAGGAGAAGCUGCGUCUGCUGGCACAGGCGCGGGACGAGGCACAGAGCACCUGCCUGCAGCAGAGGCAGGCAGUGGCUGAGGCCCAGGCCCGGGCUGGCCAGCUGGGCCUGCAGCUGGAGGGCUUGCGGCGGCGCCUGGAGGAGCUGCAGCAGGAGCUGAGUAACAAGGACCAAGAGAAGGUGGCUGAGGUGACCAGGGUGCGCCUGGAGCUCCAGGAGCAGAUCGGCCGCCUGCAGGCUGAGCUGACUGCCCAGGAGGCGCUGAAAGAAAAGGUGGCGGCCCUGGAGCGCCAGCUGAAAGUGAUGGCGAGUGACCACCGGGAGGCGCUGCUGGACCGGGAGAGUGAGAACGCCUCGCUCCGAGAGAAGCUGCGGCUCAAGGAGGCGGAGAUAGCGCGGAUCCGAGAUGAGGAGGCCCAGAGGGCCAGCUUCCUGCAAAAUGCUGUCCUGGCUUACGUGCAGGGGUCCCCCCUGAGGACCCUGAGCCCCCCAAAGUGAGGGAGGCAGACGCCAAGAGUGGCAGGAGGGUGGCUCUCAAGGGACAGGCUACCAGGGUUGGGGUGUGUUUGGGCCGGUGACGAGCAGCGGCGCCAAGGCGCACUGGCUACUGUCGCUCGCAGGCGCGGAACCUGGCUAGGCAAACCCCAGAGGGCCCAGCUCCUUCCCCACUCCUGCGUCUCACCCAGCCUUGGUCGCGCCUGAGAAAACUCCCUUGAUGGAAGAAAAUUGGGGGGCGCAGAGGUUGAGCCCUCCCAGCCCCCCCUCCCCGUUCCACGGUCACCUUUUAUAGUGUAGCUGCGAAUGCAGUGGCGCUGGCUGCUCACUCAGGGGCCUUCUGAAAUAAAGAACUUUUGUACUUUGUGACA